AUGGUGGAGGAGAGACCCGAAUACGGUCGGACUAGUCGAAAUCUCGUGCCCCGUCUAACCUCCGUAAUCAUGUCUCAGCCUACUCCUCUCGAUCCGGCCAUCGUCGCCGUCCUUCGUCCCGCCAUCAUCCAGAUCCUCAACAACGCUGACCUCAGCUCCAUCUCCGCCAAGAAGGUUCGCGCACAGCUUGCUCAGCUUCCACCACACGCGCUUCCACCAUCCCUCGACCUUUCCGCAAGCAAGAAGCAGGUCGACGAGGUCAUCCGCGACUGCUUCGAUCACAUCUCAAAGGGCAUGCCUGCCCCACCUCAAGCUCAGCACUCGUACAACGGCGCCUCCUCCGUACCACCCUCCGGUGGUCUCGCCCUUCCCGGUAUGGGCGGCGUAAGAGGCGGUCACACAACUGCUCCCACAAGUACCUCCUCCACUACCUCCAAAUCCGCUCCUCCCAAGCCUGCCGCCGCCAAACCCGCUCCAUCCUCCAACGGCAGCUCCAAGCCAAAGGCAGAGCCCAAGCCCAAGAAGAAGGCCACAAAGAAGCGUGCCGUCGCCGACGAUGACGACGAUGACGAGCCCCGCAAGAAGAGGGUCGUCAACCCUAAUAACCCUUUCAACAGGCCGCUCAUCCUUUCACCCAAACUCGCCGACGUCUGCGGUGGCGACGAGAUGCCACGCCACGCCGUGGUCAAGCAGCUAUGGGUGUACAUCAAGUCAAAUAACCUUCAAAACGAGAGCAACAAGCGUCAGGUAGGUUCCUUCACCAGCUUCUGCCGCUCUCACGUACGAAACGCUGCUGACAUUUCCGCUCCUUCCGCGUCGCUGAUCCUCCCGCAUUUGUCAGAUUCUGUGCGAUGCGAAGCUCACCUCAAUCUUCGGCAAGGAAUCCGUAGAGUGAGUGCGACCAAAUUUCCACCCUGCUGCGCUUUCCGCACCUGUACUAACGCCUCGACUCUUCUUGCUCCUCUCUCGGCAUUCCUAUUGCAGCUCCUUCGAGAUGGCAAAGCUGAUCGGUUCGCACCUCACCAAAAAGGAUAUUCCAAAGGAAGACGCAUGACCGCAUCAUGUGAACCUUUCUUUCUCCGCAGACGGCCCGUACCGGACGAGCCCGUGUCUCAUGCUCUUUCGCCGAAUCGUCCGCAGCAAAUGCAGAUCCGAUAUACUGCAGCUUGA